AUGUCUCUCAAACGCAAGAAUCCACCUGCCACGUCACUCAACGACCCCAAGAAACCCAAGAAGAAUGCGGACCUGACUUCGUUCUUCGGGCCUCCUAAAAUCACCACAGCAAACGACGGGAAACCCGCGACUGGGCCCAACGGAGCAGCUGCGGCGGUGGCGGAACCGUCGCCCGUGAAAUUCGACAAGGACAAAUGGGUAGCUGGGCUGAGCGACGAGCAGAGGAAGCUCCUCAAGUUGGAGAUCGAUACCCUCGACCCCAGCUGGCUGGCCGUGUUGAAGGACGAGGUUCUCACGCCGGGGUUUUUGGAGUUGAAGCGUUUUCUGCAGAAAGAGAUUGAUUCGAAGCAGAAGAUCUACCCACCCUUGGAGGACGUCUAUAGCUGGUCUCGCCACUGUCCCCUGCACAAAGUGCGAGUCGUCAUCCUCGGCCAGGACCCUUACCACGGCCACAACCAAGCCCACGGCCUGUGUUUCUCUGUCCGGCCGCCGACCCCGGCACCACCGUCGCUGAAGAACAUCUACCAAGCCAUCAAGAAGGAGUACCCGUCUUUCAACCCGCCACCCAAGAACGGUGGCCUGCUCACCCCCUGGGCGGACCAAGGCGUCUUACUCCUCAAUACGUGCUUGACAGUGCGGGCUGGGCAAGCCAACUCGCAUGCCGGCCACGGCUGGGAGAAAUUCACGCAGAAGGUCAUCGACACGGUGGUGAAGCUGCGCACGCGCGGUGUUGUUUUCCUGGCGUGGGGGUCUCCCGCGCAGAAACGAUGCGAGAAGAUCAGCGGGGCGCGCCAUCUGGUGUUGAAGAGCGUACACCCCUCGCCGUUGAGUGCGCACAAGGGGUUUUUCGACUGCGGGCACUUUAGAAAGACGAACGAGUGGCUCGAGUCGCGGUACGGAGCCGAGGGCGUGAUCAACUGGGACUUGAACGUUCAGCAUCCGAUCAAAGGGCCGGAAAUAAGCGAGCCAGUCAAGGUGACGGAGACACAGAAGAAAGAGCCACAAGAAGCCGGGCCGGUUACCGAGAUUGCCGAGAAGGAGACGGAGAAGCAAAGGAAUCGUGCGGUGGGAGAAGAUGACGACGAGUUUGACGCCGCAGAUGAUGAGGACGCAAUCGCUGCGAUGGAAGAGAUUGCCCAGGCGGAAGCAGAGACAGGGACGCAGAAGAAGGAAGUCUGA